CACUGCUGUAAACGUCGACAUGAAGAAGACUUUAACUUGAACCAGAGGACCAAGAAGGAGCUAAACCAAGUCAUCCAACGCUGUUACGGUACACCUCCCGCCGAACCCACUUCGCUGUGAUUGGUCAAACUCCCAAGCGCUCCCGAGGACUUCCGGACAGCUGCUGAGCCCCUUUUGUCCGAUUACUUACACAAAAUACACACAGAUAAAUUGUUACUUACAGUUUGCUCUUCUGACUCUUCAACACGACCAAGUAACGUUGGAAAGACGUCGGACUUCAGCAACAGUUUGACGGAUAGUCCGGCUUCGCAUUGUCGCCCAUGUUCACAAAACGGUCCUGUGUGAAGUGCCGUUGACAGAUGAGCAUAUUUUUCUCUUGCUGGCCGGGAAUCAGAAACUCCAACCACUUCUGCCUGAUGCUUGACUCUUUAGGCACACCCCAACAAACAUUUCCUGGGAGCCAUUCCUCAACGUGCGAACACCGUGAACGGAGCGAAGCAGAGUGGGGGUGCUGGGCAUGCCAGUAUAAGGAAGUCCAGAUGCGCACGUGAGUGGUAGAGCAAAAUGCCACCACAUGAUGGCGCCACACUGGAAAAAAAGGAACAUGAACGCUGCUAAGGUGCUGAGCAUCAGGAGUAGAGGUGUCAGUGAUGGUGGAACUCUAACUAGGCUCAAUUUGAAGGUCCUUAGAAGCAUCCUUUUGCAGGACAACAGGGAUUUCUCCAAAGUGUGCAGCAAGACCUCAAAAUCUCCAGUAAUGUAUGAAAAUGGUAAAAUCUACCUGGAAAAUUACCUGAGUUGCUACAGUUGUGUCCAUGCCGAGCCUCACCUUCUCUACAAUUUGCCUAAACGAUCUAAAAGUGAGAAAUUCGAAGAUACCUUGCUGUGUCAGUGCCCGCUUGAAAAGACAUUGGCAUCUCCUUCUGAUCAGAAGCCCUGCCUCCUUGUUCUCACGGCCAAUAACUGGUUGUAUCGCUUAUCAGACGCAACGGGACAAGAGCUGCAGAGAGUUUUCCUGUCUUCAAAACACAAAUUCAAGUAUUUAAGCUGGGAUGUUUCACAGGAGAUAUUUUAUGUUAAAUCUGUUCAAAGCAGAGAGAACCCCGUAGCACGACAGGCCGGUGUGACAGAAAGCACAGUGAUGCAUCUCGCCAUUUUUCAAAUGUUCCCCUUGCAAAUUGUGGGCAUGAUGGAGGUCAACAAAAAGGUAUUUGGGAGCGGCGUUACUGAUGUUGUUCUAUCUCAGGGCGUCCUGGCCGUGUCCUACAGCACCAAGACUGUCAAGUUGUUCAGUUUUGAGCACAUUGUGAAAAAAUACAAGGAGGAGAAACUUGCACUUGGAAAGCCAAGUCCACUUCUCCAAGGCAAAAGAGUGGGAGAGUUUCCAUGUGGCAUCCCUAUAAAUAUCCAGAUGACAGAGCAUCCUCCUGUGCUUUUCCAAGUGUCCUGCUCCAAUAACGGAGUGCAGAUUGGAGGCUUCCCUUGGCACUUUAUUCACACCCCACCGCAAAAACGCCACCAAGGCACUCACCACAUUUGCUCCCUCAGAGACAUGACUAUGGCCACAAAUGGAAUCCAGAAUAUGAAGUGUUGCUCUUUGGAGAGCGAUGUGAUUUUCUUCCAUCCUGACGACUCGGGAAGAAUCAUUCAUGUGGGGCCCAGCACUAUAAACAUUCUAAAAAUCCUUGGUGAUUUCAACGGCGGCUCGGCAGCAAAGGUCGUUGAAGAUUUCUCGAUGGAAACUCAUCAAAACGACAUUCCCGCUUCACAAGUCACUGUCACCUCUUCAGGACGCACAGUCAAGAGACGAUUCCAGCCGCUGGAUGAUGAUCCAGAUCAAGAGACGUUCCGCUUGGUGGAAUAUGAGGACGAGCUGGACCUUUUGGCAGUGGUGGUCACCAAUGGUGCUGACGGAGAAGGGAGAGCUGAGGUCCGACUGCAUGACAACCACAGCGGACGUUUACUGAAGACGAUCAAGCUGUCGGAACCCUGGGAUGAGACUUUCCGGCAUGACCUGGUCUUUGACAAGGACACGAUAGUUCAUGUUGAACAAAAGAACGCCAACGUCUGCUGCCAUGUCUACAAGCUCAAGGCUGCCAGAGCUUAGUGCCAUCAAGGUGAAUUCAAGCUGCAGGGAAAUGACUUACUACUGUUUACGUUUUAACUUUCAACUCCAUUCCUCUGCUGUUAGAUCAGAAUGUUUGUGCAAUUAAAAUGUACACGUUGCUUUUCAACCAGUUCUGUCACAUUUAUAAUGCCUGAAGAGAAAUCCAGUUGACACUCUGCCGUAUAGAUGGUGUUCCACACCCCACACACACGCAGGCAUGCAAGGAGCGAUUUCAGAGUGAGGCAGCGCGCAAACAAUUUCUAUUACGUUACACUCUUCCGCACUGCGUGUGUAUGCUAGUGGUCCCGUCACCACCCAACGAGACAGAGACUCUAUGACCGACAAAAGGGCUCACUCCGUUCAUGCCAUUGUUCUAUGGAACAAUGCCCAGAGUGAAACCUCUUCCUGCCUGUUUAGAGGCGAGAGACAAGGAAAACAGACACGCAUGCACAUGGCAAUAUACCGAGGCCGGCAAAAUUAUCCAGUGCCCACGUUUUUCUGAAGGAGAAAUCUUGUCAAAUUUUAAUCUUGCGAGAUCUUGUGACACCCUGAGUGAGUUUUACGCCUCGCUCGAGGGAAUCCCGACAAUAGUCGGGAAGCAGACAAGCAUCUCUUCAACAACGGUUUCUUCCAUAGCCUAAGUCCUUACAAACUGACCUACGCACGCCACCUUGGCUUACAGAAUUUAUGUUGGAAAGAAAUUAGUUUGGCUCGAUUGUUGUGUGUAUGCUUACAAUUAGAGAUGCACGAUAGCUUUUUUUUUUUUUCAAACCGAUGGUGAUAACUUUCAGCUUCUCAAGACCAAUAUGGUACCGAUAACGGGUAACUUUUUUAUAACUACUAUUUUAAAUUUAGAUUUAACUGUAGUUUGUGCACACCUGGAGGAAAGAAGGACUGGAAGAAAUUAGGAUUUGACCAACUGUACCUGUUGAUUAGUCCUAAUCAAAUAUCAUGACAUUACUACUACCACAUCACUACUAUCAGGAGAACCAGAGUAUAGAGCGGAGGGAACCACCUGCUGUGACCCAGCAAGGUGCACUAUAUUCAGACACAUGCUCUGAGCAGCCGGUGUGACGCCACAGAGGUCAGGCAUCGGAGUAUAGAGCAGGAGGAGCCACCUGGCAUGGCCCAUCAAGGUGCACUGUAUUCGGGCACAUGCUCUGAGCAGCCGUUGUGACGCCACGGAGGUCUCUGGCAAACCUUUUGCACUUUUCAAAUGCCGCAGCGCUGGCAUUUCAGGUGGCUGAUAAGGUUUUUUGUGUGCUCGAUGUUUUUUUUUUUUUUUUUAUCUUGGAGCAUGUGGUAGAACUAGCACGCAGAAUGUCUUCCUCGGAAAGUGAUUGAUUGUUUACAACUGAGGUCAGGGGAAGGUAUGACAGACCGGUAACGUCACAGGCAGGACAAAUAAGGAGCGCUUGAUUUGCUGACCUGCACAGUACAUUUUAUAUUGCCUCAUUAAAGUGUUUUUUUUUUAUUAUCAGUUAUCUGAGCUUUUUUUUAAUGUUAUUGGAUUUAUUGGUAUGAUGUCAUAGUUCCCUCAUAAUUAUGCACCCCUACAGAAAAUCUUUUGUAUUACAGUCAUGUAAAAAAUGAUUAGAGCACCCUUGCUUCUUCAGGUUCUUGUUCGUAUAACUGCUGUUUUACUAUGCACAUGACAAUGAAACUCUCUUGUAUCUUGUAUCUUGUAUUUUAAUGCCUGAUACAACUAAAGGUACCUUUGUUUGGACAAAUAUAACAAUGACAAUAAAAAUAGCUCAUAAGACUUACAUUUUUUGUCAGUACAAUGCUAUAGCUAUUCAUGUAAGAACUUAAGCGAUUUUGGUUAUUAUCAAGAAAACCAUGGAAGUUGCUAGAUAUCAGCUUUUAAAUUAAACUCUUAUGAGCUGUAUGAGUGAAAAUAAUGUCAUUUUAGUAGCAUAGACGGGGUUUUUUUUCA